UCAUUUAUUUUUAGUAAUAGCGAAUUCCCGAUAUUCUAAUAGCAAAUUCAAAAAUAAAAUGUUAACAUAUCAGAAUUUGCUAUUAGCAUGUAGGCCACUUCUUGAAAAGGCCGAUUUUAGUCAGUCUAGAGAUGUGGAUAAACAGACAGCUAAUACACUCAUUCUAACAUUGUUGGCGCAUGUGAGAGAAUUGGAAAUCAGAUACUGUACUCAACUUUUAAAAAAUGAGACAUUAGAAUAUGCAGUGGCGUACUGGGAGAAACAAUAUGAUCGAAUUCUACAAUUUAAUGGUUUUAUUGCUAGUACGAAUCAGGUUUCGGAUUCAGAAGUACGCGUCGCUAAACUAGAAAAUUUAAGACUACGUCUUGAUAUCUUAAAUAUUCGGUGUGAAAGGGAAAUACUUGCUUCGAAAAUUCACACUGAUAAAUCUCGUAUAUAUCACUUAAAGGAAGAAGUAGAAACAGCUGCAGACAAAUUAAGACUCGAAAAAGAUACAAAUGAAGAUUGUACAAAUACAGCACAUCAAUUCCAAUAUGACAAUUUUAAUUCAAGACAAUUCUUGCCUACCAAUAGACCGCUACGAACACUCUUUAUUAAUGAUAUUGAUGACAAUACCCCAACGUGCAGUCGAUAUGUUCAAAACGAAUCAAAUAGAAAUGGACAGUUGAGAUAUGGGUCAAAUCAGUCAAACUACAGACCUGUAAAACAACAUAAACAGCCAGUCGUUGGAAGUGAGUCCUAUAAAGUUGCAUCAACUAUGAACCAAUAUGUACAUGCUAAGCAUGGAUAUCCAAAUUGUCAACUAAGAAUUGCACCUGUUCAACCACUUAUAAUAACUGAAGGAGAAUCUGAUGAACAAAGCUUAGAAGAUAUCUCACCUCACCAAGAUACCAUAAAUGAUAAUAAGAGUGAAGAUAAGAAAUCAACUUGUAGUCAGUAUUCACAAAAUCAAAUUAACAAUAGCGAGAAUUAUAAAAGUUCAUUACAGGAAUCUGCAGAUUACCCAAUUGCCGCUGGCACUUCAUACAUAGAAAAAUAUAUAGGCUAUAUAUCGAGUGAUAUGAAUGUUAAUGCAGUUAAUACUGACCAAAGUCAAAACGAACAAAUUCAGAUGCAUGAUGUGAAUGAUGUGCUGAAAACUGCUGCGGUAAACGGAACCGACGAUAGCAAUGACCACAAACCAUUAAAUUUGCCCCAAAUUCUUGAAAAUCAAUAUCGUACCACUGCCUCUGAUUUCCAAUUAUCUCAAAAUGCGCCAACAUUGUUAGAAGUAGUCGAAAAUAUAAUGAAAAAUUCAGUUCCUCAAUGUAAUAGUAGAAUACUAGAUAAUACUUUUAACGUAAACAAUUCUACUAUUGAACUGGAAAAUGAAGAAUAUUCUACUAAAGUUAUAGCAGACACGGACCUCCAUCAACAAAAAAUUAAAAAGAGGAAGCCUUUAAAUAAAAAAAAAAACAGAAAACGAGUUUCUGAAGAGCCUAAUAUUGAAAGUAUUAAUGAAACUACGACCAUGUCUAAAUCAAAACGCACAAGUACUAAUAAUACGGUCGGACUAACUACCAUCAAUAAUUCUUCAAUGGAAAAAUAUACAAAAGGUACUAAUAAAGCUACAACACAUUUUACAUUAAAAACACAUGAAGUACACAGCUUGGAACAUGCCUCAAAUGACAAACAGAGAAAAACCACUAAACCAGUGUUGGGGCUUAUUACUAAAACUGCUUUUAAAGCAAAAAUUAGAUACAAGCUUAAAAGCGCUAUUCAUAAUACAAAAUUUGCAUCGAGCCGUAAACAGACAGACAAUUCAGUUAUGCAUUACGCCAAUAAACCAAAACCGAAUUUAGUUAGGUCUAACACUGCCCUUUUCGAUUUAAGGCAUAUUAAAAACGCUUCAGCGAUACUAAAUAAGCCCUCUAAUCCAUUUCCCUAUUUAAAUUCGUCUAUUUUAGUUUCUAAUCAGGUUGACAUAGGUUUCGGUAAUAACCGAGUCUUUAAUUUGAAGAAUGUUCCAGAAAAUAACUUGGAUUUCAGUAAAACCAAAACUUUGACACAAUUUAUUAAUUGUAUAGGUAAUGGAAACAAUCAAAUAUUUAAUUCCAAUGACGAUUCUGCAACUGUUGGUUAUGGUAAAAUUCAAACUUCCAAACAAACUAACACUGGUGAGAGAAUUUUAUGUACCAAUAAUGCCUCCAACAGUCCGCCAAUCUCCUGUGUAAAACCAGACCAUCCAUUCAGUUUGGGGUUUGGCAUGUUAGCGACAGAUGAAAAUGCGCAAUUAUUGGUACAACAAACUUAUCCGCAUAAUGUUUAUCAUUUGAUACCAAAUCAAGAAACUAUGAAUAUACCAACCAAUGAUAAGAAACCAAUAGUUAAGAAUGCAGAACCUAGCAGUAAAGUAAAUUCCGAAUUUCAAGAUACGACUUCAAUUCACAGCGACAUUACUGGCAAUGACAAUGGUAUGAACCAAGCUGCGCGUAAAAAGAAAAAGAACAAUAAAAAGAAACGUAAAGCUAAAUCAUCUACACUAAAUGAUAAUCAGAACACAAGCUCUAAUAAUGUGGCACAAGAUGAUAAAGAUACACCUCCCUGCUAUAUGCCGCCCGGUUUUACUGGAAAUAAAUCUCAACAAUAUGAAAGAACUACGAAGGAAUUGCAAGUCACACCUCAAAAUCCUAAUAAUCCUGUGGCAAAUAAACUGAACAAACAAACUGACAAAUCAGUGAAAAGUACUAAGAAGAACAAUAAGUACUCUGGUUCUGUUGAUGAAAAAAGUAAGCCUGGAUUAUAUAAGAAUACCGAAAAUAAAGUCGAAUUGGUUCAUGAUAUAAUUAACACUAAUCAGGGCAAUAGUUUAUCGAAUAACUCCGAUAUAUAUACUUCAAAUCUCAAAGUGUCUGACGAUGUUAAAAAGAGUGAAGCUAUUAAAAAAAUUGAGGUUGAACAAAACAAUCAACUUUCUAAUACUGCUAAGAGAAUCAAGUGCGAUGAAGUCAGAAUAAAUUGGAAAUCUAGUGCUGUGCAUGCGUAUAAUAGCAAAACUAGUAAACAGAUUAAAUACAGUAAUGAUGAUACAUCUUGUGAUAAUGCUGCCAUUAUUAAAAGUGAUAGCGGCCAAACCAAUAACGGCAGUAAUUUUUACUUGGACGUAGCAAAAACCGCCAGCAACACCCUUACCACAGGUGGAUUUUCUGAUAAUAGUAAUCAAAGUCAGCCAGAAUGCGUACAAUAUAUACAAUUUGGAAGUGAUGAAGAUAUCGAAAUACAUGAUGAAAAUGCAACUAAUAUCGAAGAACUUGAAUAUACUUUCAGUGCUGUGGGCAUGUACGACAGAGAGACUAUUAUCAAGAGAGAAGCUGAAUAUAAGUUAAAUGGGAAUAAUGCUAUAGCAAGAAAACUCAGAGAGUUACAGUUUGGCUCUGAUGAUACUCCAGAUGCACUCGACCUAAUGACCGAUAAAAAUAAACAUCGUGAUAUGACUACAAAUCAAAAUGAGUUAAAUGUUAAUAGUGUUCAGAUAAGUCCCAGUCAAGAUACUAGUGAUAAUUUUAUUGCUAAAAACGAGUUAAAGUUUGGCAAUUUUGAAACACUAUUUCAACCGAACUUGCUAGCUGAUGCACUUAAAUACCGUAAUGUCACUGCUAAUGCAAAUGAUUCUGAAUUAAGUGGCAAUCAUGUCAAGGCUUCUUCUAUGAAAUUCCCGAAUCAAGUAAAUGCUAGCUUAAACAGUUCCAAUAGUAAAUACCGUAAUGUCACUGCUAAUGCCAAUGAUUAUGAAUUAAGUGGCAAUCAUGUCAAGGCUUCUUCUAUGAAAUUCCCGAAUCAAGUAAAUGCUAGCUUAAACAGUUCCAAUAGUAAAUACCGUAAUGUCACUGCUAAUGCAAAUGAUUAUGAAUUAAGUGGCAAUCAUGUCAAGGCUUCUUCUAUGAAAUUCCCGAAUCAAGUAAAUGCUAGCUUAAGCAGUUCUAACAGUAAAUACCGUAAUGUUACUGCUAAUGCAAAUGAUUAUGAAUUAAGUGGCAAUCAUGUCAAGGCUUCUUCUAUGAAAUUCCCGAAUCAAGAAUAUGCUAGCUUAAACAGUUCCAAUAGUAAAUACCGUAAUAUCACUGCUAAUGCAAAUGAUUAUGAAUUAAGCGGCAAUCAUGUUAAGACUUCUAUGAAAUUCCCGAAUCAAGAAUAUGCUAGCUUAAACAGUUCCAAUAGUAAGUACCGUAAUAUCACUGCUAAUGCAAAUGAUUAUGAAUUAAGCGGCAAUCAUGUCAAGGCUUCUACUAUGAAAUUCCCGAAUCAAGAAUAUGCUAACUUAAGCAGUUCCAACAGUAAAUACCGUAAUGUCACUGCUAAUGCCAAUGAUUAUGAAUUAAGCGGCAAUCAUAUUAAGACUUCUAUGAAAUUCCCGAAUCAAGAAUAUGCUAGCUUAAACAGUUCCAACAGUAAUGGUGAUAAGUCUAUUAUUACUAAUAACAAAAACGAUAAUCCCACUUUAAUGGGUCUUAAUUAUUCAAAUUCCAUUGAAAAUCAACAUAAGCUUGUACCAAGUAAUGACAUCAGUACUGAUGCACACUCUCGCAAAGAUACUGUGAACUUGAACAUUGUUCCGAAAACUUCUGAUCCCUGUAAUGACAACAAGCAAAAUGAUAUUAAGAAAUCAAUUGAAUCUCAAUCACUUGCUAAACAUUGUAUUGAAAGUGAAACUAGUGAUAUCGAACAAAAUAAAGCUAAGCACCGUAGACGUAUAUGCUGGGCUGACGAAGAAAUUUCAGACACAGAAUUCCCAAAGUGCGAUAAAAACCUGAAUACUAAGAUUAAAAAGAGAAACAAAAAAAAGAAAGCGCUAAUUUCGAAUAAACUAACUACUGAUUCUAAUUUACCUACUGGCAGUGAUAACACUAAGGGCAAAAAUCAAUCAUUCAGCUAUUUCAUGAAUAGCGAAACUAAUGAAGAACCAAGCAAUGAUAGUUGGGCAGAACGUUUCCUAACUGAUAUACAACUUGAUAACGAAGUUUACGAUGCUGACAAAAAAGCUAGCGCUAAGUGUGUUCAGAAGAAAGUAACCACAUUUGGAGACGGUAAACACAAUCCAACCAAGAUGAGCCUAGAAGAUUAUCCUACCAUUAACGACAGCAUAAAUAUCAAAAAAGCUCAUCAAGCAAGCGCCAUUGACACUUACACCACUAACGCUGAAACUACGACUAUUUCAAAGAGUAGAAAAAAUAUAUGUCAAAAUGAUAAAACCACACCUAUACAGGAUUUCUACAUCAACAAUGAUAAAAACAACAAACGUAAAGAUUUGAGUACUGGCAAUUCAGACACUAUGUUGGAGAGUAAAAAUAUUAAACAAAUUGCACCACAAAAAAUGGCAGAACCUACACUAACACCAAGUAAAAAUUAUAAACAUAAGGAUGUUAGUACCGGCACUUCAAAAACAAUGGUGGAGAGUAAGAAUAUUAAACAGCCUGAACCACACAAAUUUGAAGAAACCACACCAACAUCAGGUAAAAAUUAUAAACGUAAGGAUGUUAGUACCGCCACUUCAAAAACUAUGUUGGAGAGUAAGAACAUUAAACAACCUGAACCACACAAAUUUGAAGAAACCACACCAACAACAGGUAAAAAUUAUAAACGUAAGGAUGUAAGUACCGCCACUUCAAAAACUAUGUUGGAGAGUAAGUACAUUAAACAGCCUGAACCACACAAAUUUGAAGAAACCACACCAACACCAGGUGAAAAUUAUAAACGUCAGGAUGUAAGUACCGCCACUUCAAAAACUAUGUUGGAGAGUAAGAAUAUUAAACAGCCUGAACCACACAAAUUUGAAGAAACCACAUCAACAUCAGGUAAAAAUUACAAACGUAAGGACGUACGUACUGGCACUUCAAAAACUUCUUUGGAGAGUAAGAAUAUUAAACAGACAGCACUACACAAAUUUGCAGAAUCUACGCCAACACCAGAUAACAACAACAAACGUAAAUACUUAACUGCUGUUGGUUCUAAUACUAAGUUGAAGAAUAAGAAUGCUAAACAGAUUACACAAGACAAAGUUGCAGUUUCUACCUCUACCGCAGAUGAAAGAGCUUGCAAUGAAGUCAACGUAAAUCAAGUUUCUUCAAUUACCGAGCAAGACCUGAAUCAACAAUCAAAAAAACAGCCACUAAAUAAUAUGGAUGAAUGGUGUGUUGACUUUUCAACAGUCAUAAAAAAGAAGAAACGUAUGCGACCCCUACCUCCAAUAAAAAAAUUACUUGGCAAGCCAGAAAAAAAAUCAGAAGAUAAGAAUGAAAACAGUUUAAAUGAUGUAUAUUCUAAUGAAACAAAAAUAGAGAAUGACGAUAUUCCUACAACAUCGAAACAUGUACCAGUAAUUUUAGAAAAUGGCCAAGAACUGGUACCUCUUAUGCGUGAGAAAACAGAGGAGGAAUUGGGAAUGGUUCCCAACAAAACAAAAACCAAGAGGCAAAGAAAACUAGAAAAAACUGCAGCCGACCAGGCAACGGCUUCAUUAUUUAAAGGGAAUUUCAGUUCUACCCACAGAAAAUAUAAGUAAUGACACAGAAUAUUAAAACAUUUUAUAUCCAUAGCUUCCAAAAGAAACAAUAAGUAAUCAAUUAUCUAGAUUCUAAAACCAAAUUUUUUUCGAAAAUAAUUUCCAUUGCUAUGAGUUAUUGCAUAUUUUAUUUCAAAAUUUUAAAUUUAAUAGUAGCCCAAAAAUUUUUUUAAAAUUACUUAGUGUGCUUCAAUAUACUUCUUGAAGAAAAGAUAAAAUUUGUUAAUUUAAUAUAUUUCAAAUAUCGGAGGAGCAGAAAAAUUUGCGUAUUUUAA